AUGGUCUUCUGUAAUUGCUUGUUGGAGACGCCUGGGCGAAACCAGCUAAGGUUUUGGAAAAAAGCUUUGAAAAAGUUAUUUUGAGCAAGGUUCAGUAUUUUUCGCUCAAGGAGCGUUUUCUUGAAACAUUCCGCAUACAAAAUAAGAGAUUUGUGACGAUACGAAUUCACCACUACGGUCAAAAUUCCCAACAAAAAAGAUCUUUCGCAUUUUUGUCCCACUUCAUCGAAUCAGACCGAAGCUUCACACACAAAUCAGAUGAAAAUUCACCGAUAGACUAUGAUUUUUAGAUCUUAGAUAUGAUAUCAAAUUUCAUUUUUCGUAUGCCUUUACAACUGACGACGCCAUCAGAGCUUAUCGAUGGGAAUUGUCUGCAAAAUGUAGACCGGUUUAGGCAUGCCAUCGGAAAGUACAUUGCAUCACACGAAUUUAAUCUUCUACUAAUCGUAUGUGCAUUUCAUUUUCCGUUUGAAUUUGAAUCUGCCAAGUUUUGGGAAACUUCAUGGCUCUGCCUUUGUUAGUUAAUUUCAACCGAACUUCAUUCUACUUUUUUUUUUCCUCUCAGAGGUUAUCAAAACCAAAUCUCUAUGAGAAAGAACAUGUUUCGAUUGAUUCAUUUAAAUUUGAAAUUUGCUCACACUUAGAAAAUGUUCUUUAAAGGCAAAUUUUUUGUAACACCUUUGAAUCUGAGUUGAAAACUGCGUUUUUCGCAUCCCAAUUAUUUCAAUUCACCUUUUGGUUAGGCUCGACGUGGAGCGUGAAAACUUUGAUGACACUUGAAAAAAGCUCGAAUAAAAUAAAACUUUUAAGAAACACAAAGCAAAAAAAGCGGACCACGAAGUCUUCUCUACUUUAUAAAUGCAGUAGAGAUAAACUAGAAAAACGGCUCUCUUAUUUGAAGAGUGUAUUUUUCUUGAAAAAUUGAGAUGUCAAAUCACUUUAGACACUUUGGUCUUUUGCAAUAGAAAAAAAUUAUAAUCCGAAACGGUGAUAUAUUUGAAAGUCUCUUUUUUUGCGCGCAAUUGCAUCAUGUUCCGCUAUGCAAACAGUGCGCAGUUGACGGGUUGUUUUUUAUGUUUUGAAUGGAACGCCGUUCCUUCUGGAAAACGAUGAGUUGUCACUUGUUGCAUUAUUUCAAAAUACACCUGUCCUCGCUUGUUUUAUUCUUUUAAUGCCUCAAUUCUGGUUUUUUUGUUUCAAUUUGUUUAGUGCUACAAUGAAUUGAAGUUCGAGAAAUUGAAGAAAACCUCUGUCAAAAGGAUUUUUUAUCGGAUUAACCCAAAUGUUGCCAAGUGCGUGUUGCGAAGUUAAGCGCCGGUGAAGAUAACAAAGGGCACGCAAUCUGACAGCUUUACGCCUCUAUCGUUUUCUUAGCACUCAUCGAGUGAACGCGAGAAGUCUCCGUCACGGACUUUGUAGUUUUGUUCUACGUGUUCGUCGUCAAAAAAUCCUUUUUAUGACGCUUUUCCAGUGAGAACAAAAAAAAAAUUUAUUCCGCCGUUUUAUGUCUUUUAUCGAAACUUAUAGCUUUUUCUUCCCAACCACGCAUUCAUUCAAUGAAACUCUUCAAGUUUUUCAGGUGCUUCUCCAAGAUGUCCGACGAAAAACUUGACGCCAUUUUCAAGUGAGUUUUCAUGGUUCUUAUCAUCAUCAUAAAGAAACCGACAUUGCAGGGUCAUCGACCAAGAACAAGAUUCAUUUGUCCAGCAAUUGGCCGAAGUUGUGGCCAUCAAAUCGAUUUCCGGCGAUAUUUCUCUGCAUUCCGAAUGCGUCAAAGUCGUCGAGUGGGCCAAAGAGGUCAGAUUUCAUUUUGAUACUCUCAAGGUACAAAGAACACUAACUAAUCCGUUUCAAUGUACUCCGAGCAAAAGUCCUAAGAUAGUUUUGCCCAUAAAAGAAGCACCAUUCAUAAAACCUUUCUGGCAGCGGUCCAGAGUUUCUAAAACGAGUGAGUGAAGGAUCUUAUAAACUAGCCUUGAUCCCGUUCACAAUGCCUAAUCGCCAGCCAAAAGAUGCUCUUAUCAGAAUGCGCCAAACUCUUAUCAUCUUUUUUCUGAGUGUCUGGUUUAGCGCCUGGACAAACUUGGCGCCGAAACGACAAUUUGGCCGUUGGGCAAACGAAAUCUGCCUGAUGGACAGGACGUCGACCUUCCCCCCUGCGUCUACUCUGUACUUGGUGAGGGGAUCAACAACUGAAAAAAAAAACUCAAAAAAGCUUACCUAAGCUAAUGACAAAGAGAUGAAUGAUUAUUUCAUAAUGUUCAGGAGAUGUUAAAAAUAUGAAACAUCUUCGAAGUUUUUUUUAAAAUGAUUCAUCUGUACAAUUUUCGAAACAAAAAAGGUUUCCUAGAAACGUGCCGUGCAAACGUCAAAGUUUUAUACUCAAUUUCAUGCCAAAAAAAUUUAUCAGACGAUAUCUUAUAUUGCUAUCAAGAAUAGGAGCCAGAUGGUGCCAGGAAAAAAAAAGCAAUCAUCAGGUCAGAUGAUUAUUUUGCCCGAUUCCACUGCAAACAUUACGUCAGCCAAUUUUUUUAUUGAAUAGAGUGCCAUUAAAUUUUAUGGAAAUGUACGAUUAGGGACUGUUGAAAUCGAAAAAAAUUAUAUUGCAAUCUUUUUGAAUAUUAGUGAUUUGGCAGUUCAGUUUUGUAACGCUCGCAGCGCAGAGCCUUUUUUUAACGUUAAUUUUUGCAACGAAAAAAGUUAUAUUUACAUUAUUUGCCAAUUAAAAAUAGAAAAUUCAGGAGUUUUGAAGCAGAAAACUUUCAAAAUUCAAAUGUUUCUUCUUGAAAAAUAUCUGUAACAGUUUUUUUCAAGAGUCAGCUGUGACGUCUUCACGCAAAAAUCUUAUCAAAACUGCAUUAAUGACUUCACGACCCUUUAAAUGCGCAAAUGUUGUAGGCCGGGACCCGUUGAAAAAAACUCUGCUCGUAUAUGGACACUUGGAUGUGCAGCCAGCUGAUAAGGAUGUAAAAACGAUUCCCAGCAAAACCAGCACGUGACACUUUUUCCUUCUAUAGGACGGCUGGAACACUGAUCCUUUUGUACUGACGGAGAAAGAUGGGAAAUUGUUCGGUAGAGGCUCGACUGAUGACAAAGGACCCAUUGUGGCGUGGUUCGCGGUCGUUGAAGUCAUGCAGAAAUUGCAGAUUGACAUCCCAGUCAACUUGGUGGUUCGUUAAUGCUGGGUUUAAGUAUGGAGAGAAUAGUAGUAUACUUUGCUUGAAAUUCAAACAAGCAAAGUAUAAUUCUCUAUUUUUGAAUGCCCGUAACAUAAUUCGAAAAAUCGGAAGUUUCUUCGAGUUUGGAAAAAACGAACAAGCGACACAGAACAUUCAAAAAAAAGCAGUUGCCAAGAAAAAUAAGCCUGUAGAAUCGAAAAAAUUUGAUUUAUUCCUUUUGUUUAUCCACAAUGAAAUAUCGGAAAUAUUACAAACCAGUUUCAAAGAUCAGCCUAAUAAAGCUACAUAAAAGGUAUUUUUCAGUUUGUUCUGGAAGCCAUGGAGGAGAGCGGCUCUGAAGGUCUCGAUGAAGCUCUCAAGAAAAACGCAAAAGUCUUUGAAAACGUGGAUUUCGCUGUGAUUACCGAUAAUUACUGGCUUGGCAAAAACAAACCUUGCCUUACUUAUGGACUACGGUAGAUUCAAAAUUUUCCAAACUUGAAAAAAAAAAAGUUUUUAGAGGUAUUUCUUACUAUCACUUGACUGUUACCGGGGCUUCACAAGACCUUCAUUCUGGAAUUGCUGGAGGAACUCUGUUGGUUUCAAUAUGAGCAGCUUUCAUAAAAAGUGUUAUUUAGCCCAGAAGCUUUGAAUGAUCUCAUUUGGUUGAUGAGUCAACUGGUGGACGGCAAGGGCAAAAUCUUGGUCCCUGGACUUCAGGAAAUGAUCGCUCCAUUGACGGAUGAAGAGCGCAAGCGAUACAAAGAUAUCGACUUCAACCCUGCAGAUUACAAGUGAGUUUCUAGGUUCCUUCUAAAAUCUUGCCUGAGAGGAGAAAAUUCCGUCAAGGAAUAAAGGAGAGAAUAGAGUGUAGUUUCCAACAAAGCCUCUUGCUCUGAUUUAUUCAUAAAGUCCUCCGUUUUCAGAAAAGAGAUGGGCGCCCAGGGUCUUUUGUCUAAUGAGAAAGAGACGCUGCUGCAAAACCGAUGGAGGAAUCCUUCUCUGUCGUUGCACGGAAUCGAAGGCGCUUUCAGUGGAUGGGGAUCCAAAACUGUGAUUCCCGGAACGGUAUAGAAAAACUCAGGAUUUGAAUCAAGGCAAUUUUACAGGUUAUUGGGAAGUUCUCUAUUCGAUUGGUGCCCAACAUGAAGAAUGAAGACGUUGAUAAGGCCGUUAUUUCUUACCUCAACGAUCUUUGGGCCAAGCGAGGUUCUCCCAAUGUUUUCAAGUGGGUUUUAUAUUCUUUCAUCGCUGAAAAAUAGUUCAUUCAUGUCGAAACUUUCUUACAAAAAACAAAAAGUUUUUUCAGGCCUGUUGCCGGUCACGGAGGACCGUACUACCUUGCUGACUGUGAAGGAAAAGGCUAUCAAGCCGCCGCGACUGCAAUCGAGAAAGGUUACUUUUUUGGUUUUUCAAAGCAUGAAACGCCGUAAAUGCGUCUGAAAAAUAUUUUUCUGUGGCUUUUACAUGUAAAUUUGGGCGAGUUUCAAGAAGGGUACAAAACGAUUAGAAGCCGAGCGCUUUGAACAAUUUUAUUGAUGUUAAAAUAAAAACCAAUAUUUAAAUUAGUAACACAUGAACACUGGAAUCUAUUCAAAAUUGAGAAAACUGAACCAAAAACGAUCUAACAAAAAUAUAUUUCAGUUUUCGGUGUGAAACCCGAUUUCACUCGUGAAGGAGGCAGCAUCCCCGUGGCAACCAGUCUUCAGGUUAGUACAUUUUGGUGACAACCUUUGUAACGUCUCUGAUCUUUCGGUUUCAUUAUCAUUGAACUGUCAAUCAAAUAGUCCCAUUUCUUCGUAAAUGAAAUUCAAAGAUCGAUAGGGGCUUGAAAGAAAAUAUUUUAUCCAGGAAGUCACUGGAAAGGCGGUCGUCCUUCUGCCUCUGGGCGCUUGUGACGACAUGGCUCACAGUCAAAACGAGAAGAUGAACCGCUCCAACUUCAUUCAGGUUCAUCACCUAAUUUUUUUUCAAAUGAAAAUAAACUUAUUUCAGGGAACCAAGGUGCUGGCCGCUUACCUCCUCGAACUCGCCAAAUAA